AUGUCUCUGUCUUCGGCCGAGAAGGGGUCUAAGACAAAAACAGUGUGUUCUGGGGUUACCGGAGAGUUACCGGAAGUUACGGUGACGGUGGAGGUGGAGGUGGAGGUUGAUUCAGAAAUGACACCGUUUUCGACGCCGUGUGAUUCACCUUUGUUUUUCACUCCAAUGGCUUCUCCGAGGUCCGUGGGGAUCGAUAAUGGCGAUCGGAAGGUACUUCCGGUGGGUAGACAUGCUGUGGUUUUUUUGUAUUUUCUGAUGAAUCUUGAUUUUGACGUUUUACUUUCCCUAUCUGUUUGCAUGGAGCUUUCUGGUGAACAUUAA